AUGACCAGCAGAGCGAUCGAUGUGCCAGAUUUCCAGAAGGGCUACUGCGCGCUACACCGAGUGCGCGGCAAGACGUCCCUCUGCUUUUGCUUCCACUUCGACUCGCAGCGCCGGCGCCCGCCCAUCGACACCCUCGGCCGCCUGCGGUACUGGGACGUGGCGUGCCAGAGUAUGACCUCUGGGCCGUGCCCCAACGGGGAGGACUGCGUCUUCGCGCACACCCGCGACGAGAUCUCCUACCACCCCGCAAAGUACAAAACCCGGAGGUGCAACGGCAGGGGCUGUCGUGGCCAGGAGAUUUGCUGCUUUGCGCACGAGGAGGACGAGUUGCGCACCUGGGCACCUGAGAGCUACUCCUACUGGCUGCUGGUCUACGGAGGGCGGCAGGUUGAGGACGGAUCGGGUCGGUGCGGAAGGUCCGCUUCUGCGCCUCCUACCCCAAGGUGUCCCAGUGCCGCCGCGGCGCAGCCUGCGAGUUCGCCCACACUCGGGAGGAGGCGCAGACGGAGCUCCUGA